AUGCAGCGAGAGCAAGAGGUGAUGGACAAGAAUCUGAAGCAGGAGCGGGCAACCGUGAACCGCAUGAGGAAGGAGGAGUGUGCAGCCGUGAAACAGAUGAUGAAUGAGGAGCGUGCAGCCAUGGAUCAGAGGUUGAAGCAUUUCCAUGACGAUAUGGACCUAAAGUUGAAGAAGGAGCGCAAGGACCUGGAUCACGCUAUGCAACUCGAGCGUGGCAGCAUGGAAUUCAAUAUCAUGCAGGCGCGUGCGAACAUGGACCGUAUGUUGCAGCAGGAGCGUAAUGACAUGAAUCACAAGGCCAAGAUGGAGGGGAUCCGCAUGGAAGGGAAUAUGAUGCAAGACCGCGUUCUACAUCUCGAGCGUGGUAAGAUGGGCUUCAAUAACAUGCAGACGCGUGCGGGCAUGGACCUUAACUUAUCAGAGGACCGCAAUGAUCUGGAUUACAAGACCAAGAUGGAGCAGAUCUGCAUGGAAGGAAUGGUACAGAUGUCAGGCCAGCAUGACGUCGAUGAAAUGUUGCACGCUUUAGAAGGGAUAAAGAAAUGUCAUUUGUACAUUGUGAAGAAUUGUGCAUUCUUAGACAAAAGCGAUGAUGACAUGUCUGAACAGGACAUGUCCGAAGAAGACAUAUAUGCAUGUGGGUACAUGGAUAUCGGCGAGAGGGACUUGGGCGAAUAUGUGUCAUCACCCAAAAGGAAGAAACUUGCAGAUAACAAUCCGAAGAAGGCAUUGGAUUUCGGCAGCAGUGACGAGCCUCUUCAGUAG